CCGGUGUCUCUUCAGAUCCGGAUCGUCCUGCGAUAGUGUUGACCUGUCGGACGGUACGCCGACGGUCUCAUGGUUUUUGUGAAUCGAAUCCAUUCAUCUCACAAAACGAUCUCCGAUGGCAAGAACAAUAAGGGUCUCUUUGCUCGACCGGAGUCCGGAUCGACUAGGGAGAGAGCGAUCGGCUCAUGAGUAGACCAGUAUCGUAUGCAGGCCAUAUUGACCAAUAUGAGAGGACAGACCGAAGCGUGCCGAUCAUGUAGUCCCAUGGGAUACGAUGGGACGAUCACUGCCAGCAUUCUUGUACGAGAAUCAACAAGUCUCGAAGCGAGGAUCCGACACGGAUAAUUCAAAAUUGUUCGGAGCAUCAUUCAAAUAAAAGGAAGGAAAUGCAUCUCGAUCGCUAUGAGGACAACUUUGUCUAAAGGGAAUGCGUGAAGUUUGAGUUAUAUACUCCGGAUUGCGUGGUCCAACGUCGACGCAAGAAUCGUCGAUUAUGCUGCAAGUGGGAACCCGGCCAAAAUUACGGUAAUACGGUGACGGGGGCAUUCCCACGAGCACCACCAACCAACCCCCAAUCCCCAUCACCCGUCCUGAUCCCUUCUCACUCCACUCCACUACUUACUUCUAUGCUCCUCCUCCCUUUUUUCCUCUUCACAUCUUUCAACCUUUUACGAUCUACCCACUCCUCUCUCCUCCUCCCUCCCAGCAUCGAUCUGCUUCUCGCCCUGGACUCCCCUGUCCAGCCGCGUUGAUCUCUCGUCUGCUUCCUCUUCCCUCCCCCCCCCCUCUCCCCUACCUCCUGCAAAACGCCAAACCAUCGUCCACGGCCAAACCACCCCCGACUCUCUUCUACACCAUUUGGACCGUGUCGCAGGUCCCGACGCUGCCAGCCUCUCGUUGAUUUCGGCAUUUUACUCUGCCUGCCAUUCCUUCACACCAUCUUCUGGUGACUUACAUUCGCUUCGGAAUAUCGCCUUGUUCAGUGCUCUGCUCCUUUUGCCAGUUGCACGAUUCUUCAACGGGAACACAACAUCCUCGUUCGUUUCCUACGCCAAGUCUAAUUUGACAAGGGAAAAUUUGUUCAUUCGAAGGGAACGCGUCGCAUUGACGGGCACAAACAUACCGCUCUCCCCCUCAAAAUCUCGCCUUUCUCUCCCCGAGUCCCAAACUUGACGUACAUGUUCGAAAAAUCGACUCCCCAUACCACCGUCAGGAUGCCUCUUUUCCGGCUGAAGACGGUCUUUCCGUUGAUCGCCCUGGUGUCGAUUGGCAUUUUCUUCUGGUGCAUGGAACGCUAUGAUAGGUCGGCGUUCCUCCGCUUCAAGCACCCUAUUGACCGCGUCAACAUGGGUGGUAGUCAGACGCAAUUAGGUAGCCCUGCUCAGGGAUCCACCCCCUCGGUCAACACCUGCGAGGUGGAUCCAAAGCUGGCUGCUCCUCUUCCCUUCUCCGAAUGGCUCCCCCGCAAGAACUACACUCGUGCCUACUUCCGCCCUCGUAUCGUCAGCCCCGAAACCGAAUUCCACACUCUGGAGGAGGUUGAGAGGCCCGUCCUCCCCCCUAUGGUUCAGAUGGAGCGUGGCAUGGUUGUCUCUCCCAACAACGACGAGGAGAACUUUGUCUGCCCCGAGAUCAUCGAUGUGGAUGUGGCUGCCGAUGACGAUGUCGAGGAGACCUCCAAGCUCCUGUUCGGCCUGGCCACCACCGUGGACCGCCUCGACCGUCUCCUUCCGUCGCUCCUUUACACCUAUGGCAACACCAAGGCUGGCUUGAUCGUUCUGGUUCCCGAGUCCGAUGACGAUUUGGAGAAGCAGGAGACCUACUUCCGCAACCGCGGUUUGGAUCUGACUCUCAAGGCUUCCCCUCUGGACUUCACUGCUCGUUACUUUGGUAUGGUCGAGGCUUUCUCCGAGCACAUCCGUAAGCACCGCCCUCACACCACCUGGGUUGGCUUCAGCGACGACGACACUUUCUUCUUGUCUCUGCCUACCAUCGCCAAGGAACUGAAGUUGUUCGAUGAAAAGAAGAAGCACUAUAUUGGAUCUUUGUCCGAGGCCAGCUGGCAAGUUGAGACCUUCGGCCACAUCGCUUUCGGUGGUGCCGGUGUCUUCGUCUCCAAGCCCCUGUUGGAUGUGCUUAUGAAGUAUUACGAUGAGUGCCAGUCCUGGGGUGAGCAGCCCGGUGACCAGAAGCUGGGCCAAUGCAUCCAGCGCUUCGGUGACACCGCUCUCACUCUCUGGCCCUCGCUUUACCAGAUGGAUAUGACCGACCCCGUGGACGGUGUCUAUGAGUCUGGCCGCAAGAUUGAAUCUAUGCACCACUGGAACUCCUGGUAUACCAAGGACGUGGUGAAGAUGACCACCGUCGCUGCGGCUGCUGGUCGGAAAUCGGUUCUCCGCCGCUGGGUCUUUGACCAGGAAGAGACCAUCAACAACGCCACCGGCGAGACGGUCCGUCACUUCUGGGUGAUGACUAACGGUUAUUCAUUGGUCAAGUAUACUUAUGACUCCACCGUGGCCGACGAUGCCAUCAACUUUGAUGCUGUCGAGAAGACCUGGCCCGAAGACCCCCGUGGUUUCGAGGAGCGCCUGGGUCCUCUGCGUCCUGCGGAGGACGAAGGUGUCACCAAGGACCGGUGGUUGUUGCACGAUGCCUACGUCGUCGGUGAUAAUGUGCACCAAUUCUACGUGCGUGAGGAAGACGAGGGCCACAGUGUGAUCGAGAUCGUUUGGCUCGGUCCCAAGGGCGGUGGCGGUGGUGGUAUCUCCGAUCACUACAUCCAGGGUACCUACCAGCAAUGAUUUCCUCCUUUCCUGCUCGUCAUUGAAGGGGAAGAAGAACCAAACAAAGAAUAACUCCGCAAGUGAUUACAAGGCUGGUCCUUGAGGGUUUCAUAUUCUUUUUUUAUUCCUCUUUCCUUGCUUCUCUCGGCCGUUGCACAUCUUUUACUUCACUGCACAUGAUUCAUUCUCUCUUUAUUACUUUCGACAUCUUCCUACCCUUAUUCUUUUUCAUUUUUCCCCCAUGACGACGCCAAUUCCAUUUUGCAUCAAUACUUCUUCUUCCCACCGACCUUUUUAUUUCUUUUGAUCCCGGAUGAGACUCGUGAUCGUGACUUGAAUACCGCGUCCUCCAGUUUCUCCGAUUGUUCAUUUAUCCGGCGUUAGCAUUGGUGGAGUCCAUUCUGGUGCAGGAACCAAAGGUGGUUUCUUGUACUCCCUCUAUAUCCCGGCCGUUGAUUGCCACACCACACUACACCUACACACCUUCUUAGCUGCCUGUUGAAUUAGGGGUGGAGUCGUUCUCGUCCCACCUCAAAUUUCUCUUGCUUGCUCUUUUGUCCUUCCCUGUCCCUUUUUUUUCCUUCUUUCUUUCUUUCUUCCUUUUCUUAUUUGCUUCGAUAUUUGGCUUUCUCUCAUGAAUCCCCCGUUGUGACUUGGUGGGAGUGAGAAGAGGCAGAGGCUUCUUUUGUUUUAUCCAUGCCCAUGCAUUGCUUUGUAAAAAUAGACUUGAGAACCGAAGACCGUGCUUGGGUCUCCGUUGGUGAUUAGCGUUGAGCUGUCCUUAUGUGAAGAAUAUGAUGAGUUCUGCCAAUCUUUGUGUAUACUUUUUUUUUCUUAAAUACCUGAUCAGUCCGACUUGAUUCAUUCACCACUCCAACUAUCAAACACACUCGGACUCUGCUAGCCCGAGUCAGAGACUUUUUUGAGACAAAUGCCAUUGCGCAUUAUAUAUCAACCCUCUCGGAUCGGCCCGCCAAACAAGCAUGGUCGGAUCUCGUGGAUCUUCUGGGUUUAGGCUCAAGCAUGAUCCUGCCGGUACUUGGCAGGGAUUGAUG